AUGGAGAAGACAGUCUCCGAGGAGGAGACCCAACCCCUGCCCUCCCCGAAGGGGUCUUUGGACUGCAAAGAUGGAAGUGAUUGCACGGAGGACCGACAUCUCCUGGACAAGACCCCCAAGCCAACCUUGGAACUGACCGAUGGGGUCCAGAAACCCAACACCAGCCACGGGGAGAACCGGGCUACCAGUCCAGUGUCCAAUGGGUUUUCUGGAGCCCAGAGCCCGCUCAGUGCUGGCAAGAUGGCAGGAGACAACCAGGGUCUUCCCUCUGGACCCUCCACUACCCUGCCUACCACCGCCAUCUUUGGGGUGGUGGGACCCCAACCGCCCUUGACGGCACAGCGGGAGAGGGAGACCUGGAGUAAAAAAAUAGACUUUCUUCUCUCGGUCAUUGGCUACGCAGUGGACCUGGGCAACGUGUGGCGUUUUCCGUACAUAUGUUACCAAAAUGGAGGAGGGGCCUUCCUCAUCCCGUACACAAUCAUGGCCAUCUUCGGAGGGAUCCCUCUCUUCUACAUGGAGCUGGCGCUGGGGCAGUACCACCGCCACGGCUGCAUCUCCAUCUGGAGGAAGGUCUGCCCCAUCUUCAAAGGUAAUUCAGGAGGGCGCCACGUGCUGCAGAUCCACCGGGCGAAGGGCCUGGACGACCUUGGGGGCAUCAGCUGGCAGCUGACCCUCUGCCUCCUCUUCAUCUUCGCCAUCGUCUACUUCAGCAUCUGGAAAGGGGUCAAAACCUCUGGAAAGGUUGUCUGGGUGACGGCCACCUUCCCGUACGCCAUCCUCCUCAUCCUCCUCAUCCGGGGGGCCACCUUACCUGGAGCCUGGAAGGGGGUCCUUUACUACCUGCAGCCCGAUUGGCAGAAGCUUCUCACGACUCACGUGUGGGUGGACGCAGCGGCCCAGAUCUUCUUCUCCCUCGGCCCAGGGUUUGGGGUCCUCCUGGCGUUUGCCAGCUACAACAAGUUCCACAACAACUGCUACCAGGAUGCUCUCGUCACCAGCGCCAUCAACUGCCUCACAAGUUUCCUGGCGGGAUUUGUCAUCUUCACGGUGCUGGGCUACAUGGCGGAGAUGAGGAACCAGCCGGUUUCGGAAGUUGCGAAAGAUACCG